GAAAGGAAAAUCGUGUCAAAUAAAAUGGAGGACGAGGGAAUUCCUCAUUUGUGCAGCUGACAGUUGGCAUUUUGUCUCGAACAAGUCUAGAGCAAUCACUUCAACAUGGAGCGCAAGGAGAGACAAAAAUCUCCAUUACGUGCCUUAGCUACCGAAACUCAUUCCUACUCAUUGCUACCAACAAGUGAAAUAAAGGCAACAGGGGAGACAGUAGUUGAUGCCAAUGACCAAAAGAUGGCAGCACCUGAUGACCAUAAAGAUAAGCUUAUAAAACAGGAAGAUCAUGAAGGCUACACCAACCCGGUGUCUGAAGAGCCUGCUGAGGACAGAAGUAUGGAUAAGAAUGUGUUGGAGGGCGCAGAGGUCGACGCCAUGUUGGAGGUCAGUGACAUGGGCACACAGACAUUUCUGUGUCGCAGGACGGGAGUGGACAUGGCAGAAGUGACGGUGAAGCUGAAACAACAUGGGAACCAAGAAGGCCAAGGUGAAGAAGAAGACAUUGACCUGUCACCAGAAGUAAAAGCAAGUGACCUUGACCCUGCGACCCAGACCAGUGAAGAUGGAUUGCAACCACCUGGGGACUAUCCUCAGCACGUUAGACGCUUGAGCAGCCAACCAAAGCAAGGGGUAGAUCACUGCGCAGCUGAGACCCAGACAGAGGCGAGAAUAUUCUGUCGCUGGUACAUGUGUCCCCCGGGGUGUGAGACACCCGAUUUGGACCUCCCGCCUUUGGUGCCUGCAGUGAACAUCAUCGAUGAAAAUGGAAUUUCUACCAGUCCCGUUGAAGAGCCAGCUUCCCCGACAACACAGCCAUCCUAUUGCUGCCUCCGAAGCAAGAAGAGUGCACCAUUUCCCAAAGAUUCCACCGGCCGCUAUGGUGACAGUGUACAGGAACGCUCAGCAAAUGUUAUCUCUCGCGACAUGAUCGUGGAGUUUCCGAAAUCGGCACCAGCCAGUGGAACAACAACACCUAAUGGUCAUUUGUCUCGGACUCAUUCACUGGAUAGCUGUAUGCGAAGAAGAAUCCGUCUGAAGGAAGUGGCGCCAUCUCAUGUUAGUCUCUCUGAUGCACUGGAACAAGGAGAUGAGGAGAAGUCUGCAUGGCCCUUUUCCAUCAACAUGUUCACUUCCAAAAAGAGGGGAAAACAGAAGGAAGAUAAAAAACUGCCAAAAUCAGUCAGGCAUUUUUACAAAGCUCAGGAUGAGCUGAUCGUUGAGUUUGAGGAUACUCAGCAUCUCGAUGUAGAUUUGCAGGGGGAACAGACAGCAAAAGAAGAACGUAGUAAAGCCAGCCUUGUAGCCAAGAUUACAUUGGGCAUAAAUAUAUUACUGAUGAUCGCCAAGGCAGUGGCGGCAGGAUUGUCUGGGUCACUAUCGGUCAUCUCCAGCCUGGUGGACAGUGUGGUGGACCUGCUAUCCGGACUGGUCAUUUGGUGGAGCAGCAGAGCCAUGAAGAAGAGAGACCCCUAUGUUUAUCCACAAGGACGCACAAAACUCGAGCCAGUAGCCAUCGUCAUCCUCUCCGUCAUCAUGUCUCUGGCUUCCGCUCAGCUGAUUGUAGAAUCCAUAGAGAUCAUUGUCAGCCUUGCUCAGGGAAAUCCAAGAACAGUUAACAUGGAUAUAUCAACUAUUGUCAUCAUCUGUAGCACCAUUGUCAUCAAGUUCAUAUUAUUCAUAUUCUGUCGGCGCAUGAAGAAUCCCAGCAUCCAAGCCCUGGCUCAGGACCAUCGCAAUGAUGUCCUCUCUAAUCUGGUCGCAUUAGGCAUGGGGCUUAUAGGCGAUAAGCUGUGGCCGUAUGCCGACCCCAUUGGAGCCAUCUUGAUCAGUUUGUACAUCGCCUUUAGUUGGUGGCAGAUGGGAUACGAGCAAAUCAAACUUCUCACGGGCUACACCGCAAAUCCAAAGUUCCUACAGAAGUUAACAUGGAUCGGAUUAAACCACAGUGAAAAGAUACAACAGAUCGACACUGUCCGUGCAUUCCAUUUUGGUAACAAUUACAUCGUAGAAGUCGAUAUUGUUCUUCCCGAGACUAUGACCUUGAAAGAAGCACAUGACAUAGGUGAACCAUUACAGCAGAAACUGGAGCGUCUUCCAGAGGUUGAACGAGCGUUUGUGCAUCUUGAUUACGAGUUUGAGCAUCGCCCGUCAGAUGAGCACAAAGUAGUGUAGAGAACAUUGCAUUUUCUAUUUAGUAACGUAUUUCCCCGUUUUUAAACAAAAGGAUGCCAUUAGCCGUCAUUGCACAUUUCAAACAUCCACAGUCAGUUGAUCUUUUAGAAGAUGGUGAAUAAAAUAAUUGAUUUUUGUAAUUAUCUUUUGUAGAAAUCCAUUUAUAGUAAAGCAAAACAAUACAUAAUUGUUACUUUCUUUUUUUUUCUGAAAGUUACCUGUGAUGCAGUACAAAAAAAAAUCAAUAAUAUUAGAUCAAAAUAUAUAUUUUACUAUAUACUUGAUAAAAAAUACUGCUUAUUAUUUUAGUACUAUAAUCUAGUAUUAAGAUUAUUUAAAGGGAGAAUAUUGUAGAAAUUGGGUUUGGUUGUUGCAGGUGAGGGUACACCAGGCCAAAAAACCCUCAUUUAGCUUCCGAGGUACCCCUUUUCAGGGAUUCUGGAAUUGAAAAUAUUGUUAAA